AUGGCCUCCAAAUCCAGAUGGGCAGAUGAGGACCCCGAAACGGAGGCUAUUAUCGCCCAGCGCAAACGCGAAAAAGAAGAGAAGCGACGCGCCAAAGCCGAGAAGCAACGCCAGCUGGAAGCGCAGCAGCAGCAGCAGAAACAACAGGAUAUCGCUGCCAAUGGGGAUUCCGAGGCACCACCAAAGAAACGCCGACGACUUUCCAACGACCAGUCGAUCGAGGAACCGCCCGCGGUCGAGCCCCAGGACGUGACGCCUGCGCCGCGCAGGCUGCUGCGCUUCCCUGUGCACGAAUGGGGCCCCUGUCGCCAUGUGGACAAUUUCGAGCGAUUGAAUCAUAUCGAGGAAGGCUCGUAUGGGUGGGUUAGUCGAGCCAAGGAUAUCACGACAGGCGAGGUGGUCGCGCUCAAAAAGCUCAAGAUGGAAAACUCGCCGGACGGGUUUCCUGUGACUGACUCGUCCAUCGACGGAACGAACAGGGUUUUCCUCGUAAUGGACUUUCUCGAACACGACCUCAAAACUCUUCUCGAUGACAUGCGUGAACCCUUCCUCCCUUCCGAGAUCAAAACCCUUCUCUCGCAGGUCCUCUCCGGCCUGGACUUCCUCCACUCGCAAUGGAUCAUGCACCGCGACCUGAAGACCUCCAACCUGCUCAUGAACAACCGCGGCGAGAUCAAGAUCGCCGACUUUGGUAUGGCCCGUUAUUACGGUGACCCGCCACCAAAAUUGACCCAGCUGGUUGUCACGCUGUGGUACCGGUCCCCAGAGCUACUGCUCGGGGCUGAGAAGUACGGCACGGAAAUCGACAUGUGGAGUAUUGGAUGUAUAUUCGGGGAGCUGUUGACCAAGGAGCCGCUCCUCCAGGGCAAGAAUGAAGUAGACCAGGUGUCCAAGAUCUUCGCCCUAACCGGUCCUCCGACUCCCCAAACAUGGCCUGGGUUCCGCUCUCUGCCCAAUGCAAAAUCACUUCGUCUGCCGCCAACCCCGGCUGCUCCAUCAGGCAACCCGCCUCUUCUUCCCCGCGCGAAAUUCCCCUUCCUGACCAACAACGGUCUCCAUCUUCUCUCCUCGCUUCUCGCGCUGAAUCCAAGCUCCCGCCCGUCAACAAAAGAGUGUCUGGCUCACCCAUACUUCCGUGAGGAUCCGCGUCCGAAACCCAAGGAGAUGUUCCCUACUUUCCCGUCGAAGGCGGGAAUGGAAAAGCGCAGACGGCGGGAAACCCCCGAAGCGCCAAAACGCGGCCAGGAAGCCCCCAAACUGGACUUUGCAAGUGUAUUUGGAGGUCAGUCUGCGGGUGAUACCGCCGAGACAGGGGCUGGCUUUACCCUCCGUCUGGGUUGA